GAAAUACCUUCAUAAUCUCGUCAACAUGGUCAAGAAAGUUACCAUUCUGGCCAUUAUGGUCGCAUUAGCCUCGGCAGCUCCAAUCGCCAACGAUAUGUCACCAAGAACGUUCCCUUCGUUAGGUGGCUUUGUGGCGUCUUCAGGUUCAGUGACUUCAGGUCUCACUACCACAAAGGGAUGGACCACCGGCGUUGCCAGCUCUCUCGAGGCAUGUGCAGUUGGUGUAACUUCUGGAUGCGUUGAAGACAGUGCUAAAACAGCUCUUGCAUCCUGGAUCUCUGGUGCCGGGGCUGCAUUCUUCGACACUGCUACAUGCAAAGAAAUCAAAACAUGGUGCACAAGUUCCUCCGAUGUAGUCCUUGCAGCCUGGGCCCAGACAGCCAUGGAAGGAGCACUUGUCGCCGAGUCCUCUAUCUCUGCCGCUGGUGGAAUCUUGUCGUUUUUCAACGGUGUCAUUGAAAGCAGCUUUGAAGGAGAAUCUUGUUCUUGUUCUGCUUUGGGUUCAGGUGACCUUGCAUCACUCUCUGCAUUCCUCUCCGGUUCUACUGGAGCCGCUCUCGAAUCUGUCGAAGCUACUAUUUUCGGCUCCCUCAAAAUGUGCGCCUCUGGUGGUAUCGCCGAAGUUCUCAGUAGUUCAGCCCGUGCAUCUUUAUCUGCAUGGUUAUCGGGACCCAGCUGCACGCUCAGCGCAGACCUGAUAGGAUCCAUCGAAGGGUGGCUCUCAGGAACUGUCAGUGGUGGUGCUGCGGUUGGUGGAAGUAGCAUAUCUGAGUCAGUCAGUGGUAAUGUUCUUAGCAGUUCUGCUAUGGGCUCACUAUCCGCCUUCAUGAGUGAGUCUGCCUUCGUCGAUCUUAGCAUAGAGAUCAAACUUGGUCUUUACGCUUGCUCUGCUGGUGGAAUUUCUGCUUCUCUUAGCGGUGCUAUACAAGCCUCCCUGUCCGCAUGGUUGUCUUCGUCUUCCUGUACCAUGGACGCUGGUCUGAAAGCUUCGAUGCAAGCAUGGCUUGCAGGAACAGAGGGUACUAGCACCCAGGUUGGAACCUCUGUUGACGCCUUUGGAUACAUCUCUACGGGUGCUUCUAUCGCUGGCAACUUCAACGCUUCUGGUUUCAUGACCGCCAGUGUCCAGGCAUCACUUUCUUCCUUCUGUGGUAGCUCUGCUGGCCUUGCACUCGACGUCAGUAUCCUCACUUCUCUCAAGUCUUGCGCAUCUGGAGAGCUUUCGUCUUCUCUUGAAGUCGCAGCAGCGAGCGCCUUAGCGGAGUACCUCGCCUCUUCGUCCUGCACUCUGGAGGCUGAGAUGCGUGGCUCUGUCAUUAUGUGGCUUUCUCUUGGUAUUACUGGUGCAUCCGGAGCGUCAGCUGGUGUUGGAGCUGGAGCAGGUGCUGGCUUUACCAUUUCCACUGAGAUGGCUACUGAGUUCGCUUCAGCUGUAUCUGCUGGCUUCAAUUUGAGCUCGAGCUGCAAGGGUUCGAUGGGCGUGGCCAUCUCAGGCGAAGCUGCCUGGGCUGUUUCUAUCUCUGGUCGUGCUGAGAUGAUUGCUUACUUGGUCUCUGGCGAAGCUGCAGGCUUGAGCGCGGAGGUUGAGACAGCCAUGUUUGGAUGGCUUAUGGGCUCUGAUUGCAGUGGUGGGAAGACCGUGGGCUCGUCAUCGUCAUCUUCUGGGUCUUCCUCUGGAUCAUCGUCCUCUGAAUCCUCCUCUGGGUCGUCAUCUUCCGCAUCAUCUUCAGAGGGGUCAUCUUCAGGAUCUGAAUCCAAGUCAAGUGGCUCCAGCUCAGGAGAGGAGGGCUCUGGCGAUGAAACUUGUGACGCAUAA